AUGAUAAGAAGGCAAUCCGUGAAGGCCUGAACUACUGGAUGGCACACACCUGCAUCACCUUUGUUGAGACGACAGAUAUGGACCAGCCACACCUCAAGUUUAUCCACGGUGAUGGUUGUUGGUCAUUUGUGGGACGCCAACACACCUGGCAGGGUCAGGCACUGUCCUUAGGUGAUGGCUGUGCUCAGCUUGGCCAGGUCGCUCACCAACUUGGUCACGCUAUCGGCUUUUACCACGAGCACAUCCGACCAGACCGUGAUCAGUACAUCUACAUCAUGGAGGACAACAUUAACAAGGAAGACCUCUUUAAGUUUCAGAAACAUCUUCACUACACGGUCGAUAACUUCAGUCUGCCCUAUGACUUCACCUCCAUCAUGCACAACAGUAACAGGUACGGCGCCUUCAACCGCUCCCUCACCAUCAUCACCCUCGACCCACUGGCCCAGGGAAUCAUUGGACAGCGUGAUGGCCUGUCGCAUUACGAUAAACUACGGGCCAACCUCAUGUACAACUGCACCGGCAAGUGGUUGGAUCAGUGUGGACUUACCUCAGAGCCGUGCCAGAACUACGGCUAUACGGGGAUCGACUGUACGUGUGUGUGUCCUCCAGGUACCUCAGGCGAUUACUGCCAAGUUAACCUCACCAAAUAUUACGAUUACGCAGUCUCCAGUUGUUCUGAGGUCAUCACGGAAGCUGGUAACAUCUCCUCACCUAAUUAUCCCCUGAACUAUCCGGCAGGCUCAGAGUGCGUGAAGGUCAUCAGAGCCUCAGAGUGCCACGUCCCUCGGCUUACCUUCAACGACUUCUCACUGUACCGCCGAGAAACCUGUAGGGAAAGACCUUGUUGUCGCUACGACGUCCUGGCCAUCAUGGAGAUACCUGACGAAGGAGAACCUGGUGAUAUAAGAUAUUACUGCGAGAGAGAUAUAUCCCCGGGACAGAACAUAACAAGCAGUGAGAGGGAGAUGGUCGUGUAUUUCUCAAGCCGUACUGAUGAACACAAGGGAUGGGCCGCCGCUGUGUCGUUCGUGAAGAGUGGAACUUGUUCAUCUGUAGGUUCAGCCCAAUCUAUCGUCACUGAUAUUACUGCAAUGACUACUACACCCACUACUACUACUACUACAUCUACUACUACUAUUACCACUCCUACCACCACUGCUACCACUCCUACCACCACCACCACCCCUUCAGGACCUCGAUGUGAAGUUGACUCCUCAGGUGACUGUGACCUCUGGUCUUCGCCAAACUUCAACACAAAGAAAUACCCCAACAACUUCGACUGUACAUUCAAUGGCAAGACGGACCAGCCAGCUCGAGUGGUCAUCACAGCCAACACCUUCAAACUAGCCAGGGGUGACACUGUUCAGCUCAAUUACUUGUACGGGAAGAGGAGGAGAUACGCUGGUAAAACCAAUUGGACUUACAGUGUACCGAGCGCCUAUAACAGUUUGGUGUUUAAGACCAGCAGACGCUACAAAGAUAUAGGCUUCAACAUCACCAUCUGCCGGGAACAGACGACUUGCCACAAGGUGAUCAGGGCGGAGAGUGGCAGCAGCGACACCAUCAGCUCACCAGACUACAACACUGGGACGCGCGCCUCAGCCACCCAGUGUGAGUGGUGGAUCAUGGCUCCCGAGGGCAAGACCAUACAACUGGACUACCUUCACACACGCGUCGCCACCACCAAACGCUGUAGAGGGGACUACCUUGUCCUGAACGGCGCUGGGAGUAAGGCUUAUCCAUCCUCCAACAGCACCAUUUACUGUAACGAGGGGAACCGAACACUCACCUUUAGUAGUAACUCUCUGUUUAUAACUUACCAUGGGCAGAGGAGGUUGACCAAGGGCGUGUCUUUCAAGUACACCAUCAAGUAAACACCACAUGUAGAGGAUGGAGGAGGAAGAGGGACAGUAUAUGGACACACACACACACACACACACACACACACGAAGAAUUAACUUCAAACUAAACCCAAAUUUCUUCCAUCAUCAUCUGGCAAGAAGGCUAAUAAGUUGUCAUCUAAAUAAAUAGCACAUUUUAACCUUACUGGUAUAGGGUUAAAAUAUUUACCUUAGUCCUGGCUAUAAAAUAUUUCUGGCGGAAAGAAAACGACAUUGUGUCAGGGGUAACUCAAGUAUUACAUGAUACUACUCUACUAUUGGUAAAGAUCACAUAAAAAGAGUUAUUAACGUCUCUGUUUAGGUGAUAAUUGUGGGUAAUUUGAACACCUUAACAUAAUAUAUUUCUUCUUCUAAAAAACGAAAAACAAAACCUGAUUCUUAUAUAGUUUGAAAAGAUUUAAAUAUUUUUUACAAUAUUCACAGGUUUGGGGGAUCCUUCUAGUACCGGGUAUUAUAUUUUCAUGACAUCUAAUACGACGAAUUUCCUCUCCCACGAUCAAUGAAGAAAGCUAUUAUUUGUAUUCAGUUAAUUAUAAGAAUAAAACAUACAAAAAAAAGAAA